AAGUUUUUUCCCGUUCGCCUCCUCGUCCCCUUCUCCGCACCAAGCGACCGAAUUUUUCUCCCAUGCUGUAUUUCACUACUUGCAACAGGAUCUCGUCUAUGCUUUCGCCUUGAGCAUUUCGUUCCUAGGGUUAUGGUGGGCUGACCUCACACAUCUCUCUCUACAACGAUCACAGCAGGGCGACAAUGACGGGGCCUUCGCAGGCAGCGGCGCCAACCUCUGCCCCAGCAAACGGCGCCAACCCGGCUGGCGCCCAAAAGAAACCCAGCAGAAAACGCAAGGGACAUAGAGCAGGCAAGAAGAAGCGAUCCAGAAGAAAAAGCUUUGCUCUCCUACACGAAGACAGCCAUGACGAAGUCGAUCGAGAUCCCGGCGAGGGCUUCUACAAGCAGCCUGCUGCCAAUCUCAGUGGAACGAGCAUCGACAGCGAGGCAUUGCUGGAUCAUAGAGCCCAACAACCGAUGCGAUUACGGCGAGCCUCUACCGUAGCUGGCCACAGCCCGUUUCAGAACCCGUUCCAGAGUAUCGGUAGCCGAUUGCGAUCAGUAGCAACACCGUCAAAGGGCAGUGGAAAUUCUGGACCAUCUACGCCAUGGGAUGAGACGGCACCUCUGCUUUCUACCUCAGUUCAUCGCCCAGGAUCCCACGGUGGGAGAACGGCAGGCAGCUAUGGCACGCCCGAAGCUAGAAGUGCACGAGCUAGAAGUCGAAGAAACUCAAGCUUAUCGUCUAGGCCGAAGUUGCGCACAGCUGCGAGUGCCAGAGAGGCAUACGACGUGAACAAUCCGCCAUCAAGACCCGCCUCACCAACCUUUGGCUCUCUGGAUAUCAACGAACCAGCUUUUGCCGAUGUUAUGAUCCAUGGCGAUCUGGAUCUGCGAAAUGCAAGCCCCCGCCGAUUGAGGGACGGGGAUGGGUUGUUUUCUCACUCGCAUGAAGGAAGCGAAGACAACCGACAAAGCUACGAUCGACGAUCGUCUGGUGAUGUGGACGAUGUUUGCUAUCCUGGCCCCGGCAUGUCGGAACUUGGCGAUGACGAGCAGCCACCCGACCAAAACCAAUAUAAGUCCAGGCGGCGACGCCAUCCAUGGCCCGACUUGUCUGUUCUAGAAGAAUGGAUGCACUUUGAAAAGGAAGAUCGCAGCGAAGAGCGCCGCGUGAAGAAGAUUACCGAACCCCAGCUCAUUAAUGGUCGACUACGGCCAGUUCGAAAGGGGUGGUAUCAAACCGACGAAGAUGCUCCCUACCGAUUCACAUAUUUUAACGAAGAGUUUCAAAGUACUAUUCACAGUCAAACGAUUUCAGAACUCGUCCAGCCAGGAAGCAACUUCCGCGAGCUCUUCGUCCCAGAUCCUCGGGUGCUAUCCGACGAUGAAAGCGAUAAUGAGGACGACGAAGUUGUUUCCAAUACCAACAAACCUCUCAGUUCCAUCAUUAGCGAGUCUCGUCAACCUACAAGGCAGCCUUCCUUAACCGAAGCAAAACGGGACGGAACCAUGUCUCCAUCACAGCUCUUGGCUAGCGCUUUGCCAAGCUCGCGAGCACCGUCAGUUAGAGAAGCUCCCUCGCAAAACCUACGAUCCAUGGAAAGCGGCAUGUUCAAAUCCGCUCAUACAGAUUUAACAGAGAAGCCAGUUCGUUAUGGCGAUCGCCCGGUCUGGUGGCUGGAUAUCAUGUGCCCGACAGAGGAGGAAAUGAAGGUCAUUGCAAAAGCCUUUGGUAUCCAUCCCUUAACGGCAGAAGAUAUCAUGGUGCAAGAAGCUCGCGAGAAGGUUGAACUCUUUCGACAUUAUUACUUUGUCAACUACCGAACUUUUGAUCAAGAUAUUAACAGCGACAACUACCUUGAGCCCGUGAACAUGUAUGUGGUGGUCUUCCGAGAAGGCGUGCUCAGCUUCCAUUUCUCCAUGACACCACAUGCUGCCAAUGUUCGCAGACGUAUUCGACAAUUGCGCGACUACUUGAUCUUAUCGUCAGAUUGGAUCUCAUAUGCCAUCAUCGACGACAUCACGGACGUUUUCCAGCCUCUCAUUCAGAAUAUUGAAGACGAGGUCGACGAGAUCGAUGAGGCUAUUUUACAGUUACAUUCAACGUCUAGCGAGAAAGACGACCCAAAGGGUAAAGGUGACGAUGCCAGCUCGAUUGCAGACUCCAGCGGCGACAUGCUUCGAAGAGUCGGCGAGUGCCGAAAACGUGUCAUGAGCUUGUACCGCUUGUUAGGCAACAAGGCAGAUGUCAUCAAGGGCUUUGCGAAACGAUGCAAUGAGAGAUGGGAAGUUGCUCCCCGAUCAGAGAUCGGACUGUAUCUUGGCGAUAUUCAAGAUCAUAUUAUUACCAUGACGUCCAACUUGGGCCAUUAUGAAAAGAUUUUGGCGAGAGCACACGGCAAUUACCUAGCUCAGAUCAAUAUCCUCAUGAACGAGCGCCAAGAGUUGACGGCCAACGUCUUGGGCCGUCUCAGUGUCAUUGGUACCAUUGUGCUGCCCAUGAACAUCAUCACUGGUCUCUGGGGCAUGAACGUCUGGGUCCCCGGCCAGCAGGCUGAGGGCGACUUGCAAUGGUUUAUGUGGAUCAGUGCUGGGCUGCUGUUCUUCGGCCUGGCCUGCUACAUGAUAGCCAAGCGGGUGUAUAACAUUGUAUAGAGAACAGGGGGGUUUGCGAUGCUGGAUAUGCAACACUACUCCAGUUCUUUAUUUUUCAUAUUUACGACAGACGUCAGAGUUUCAAAUACUGGGUUUGCACAUUAUUUUGACGCGAAAUUUGAGAGUAAUACCAUAGAUUUGAUAAGACUAUAUUAAACGAGCUAAGUAAUAUCAUGCACCUAAAUUUAUGAAAGCGUUUCACAAACCACAACCCUACACCACGUACAACCUAAAUUGGACUUCCGUAAUGAUUGAGAUCAAAUACACAUGUAAAUAAAGCCCAAAGGCGGUAAAUUUUGAAUAGCUACAUCGAGCAUAUUUAUGCUUCAUUUUAUUUCAUUAUACUAGAAUAGUCCAACCUGAACGCCUUGAUAUCUACCCCCAGAAGGUGCCCUUUACUUUUUUCUUUCUAGAUGACCAAUAGGGCAUGCGGACAAUCGAAUACAGUUAUGACCAACGUUAUUACCUUCUCUGUCCACCGUAGGCUGCGCGCAGGGCCAUAACCUGCUGCUUUUCGGCCUCGGGGAGGAGAUCAAUUUGUGCUUGGGGCAGUUCCAUAACCGCGCGAAUGAGCGCCUCUUGGUCUUGACCGCCCGCUGGAGGAGCUGCCGCUGGUGGAGGAGCAUAUCCCUGCUGGGGAACGGGUGGUGUGUUGGUAGCAGGUAUUUGGCCAUAGCCUUGUGGUGCACCGCCGUAGGUCGCUACUGGUGGCUGAGAAGCUUGGGCGCUAGGGUCAACGACUGAUUGGAUAGCUUCGGGGGAUACAAGGCCCAUGAGAAGAAGAGCUUGGAAAACGGCGUAAGAGAGCUGUGGUGCUUGCUGCAGUAACUCAGUGGCGCGCUGAGGCUCUGAAGACGCCAGGAUCUUCAUUUGGCCGAGGAUAUCGAGGAGCUGUGAUGGUGGAAGAGUGUUGAGGGUUCGUGAGAUAGAGUCGGUACAUGUCAGACCGGGAGGAAUAUCCUUUCCGGGAGGUAGCUGGAGAGAGGAUGACUGGGGAGCGUAUGCGGCACCAUUCGAGCCGCCAUUCCCGGACUAUAAGUCUGGUUAGAUUGUGGCAUUGGGAGUUUUGAGGAUACUGUAACAAACCUUUGCAGCCUCUUCUUCUUCAGCAGCGCUUUUCUGGUCCGAAAAGUCGACCUUUAGUUUUCGGCCCAUAAUUUCAUGGUCGUUAAGAUUUCGAACUGCGGAAGCCGCCGAAUCGGUAUCUGGGUAGUCGGCGAAGCCAUAGCCUCGGGGACGUCCUGUUUCGGAGUCGUAGACAAGCCGGAAGCGCUCGACCUUGCCGGCGCUGCUGAAUAUAUCGGUGAUUUGUUCUUCGGACAAUCCUGGAGGCGGGCGCAUGUUAGCGAAGGCACACGAGGGUAGCUUAAAGGGACUUACCAUAUGGGAUAUUGCCCACGAACACAACUCUGGAGGGCUUUCUUGUGGACAUUAUGGCCAGGUCUAGAUGCCAAACUCAAGAUUUGCACAGUAUACAGGUGAUCUUGUGAUGCUGCGACGCCGCUUUCGUAGCUCGUUCGAUGUCCUUGCGACUGCUAAAAGGCUCCAGGUAGUGGCAGCUCUCGUACGUGAACCUGACAAGGGGAGGCUCGCGAUUUUGUGUUGUUAAAACCACCGGAACGCAAACACACGAUGAUGAUGCGUCUUUUUAAAAUAUUUCCCUGGUUGGUG